UUCUUAUUAUUAUUCGAGUUCUGGCCUUCGGAAGUAAACACGUGCACGUGCGGAUAUAUCUGCUUUUUUAAUUACACUUUAUUAUUUAAAUAAUGACAAAAGUCCGAAAAGUAAAAAAGAGGAAGAGAUUUCAGGCGAAUGUAAAUCGAAAGAGACUUAGGAAUAAGUUAAAUAAACUUCCAACAAUAAAAUGUAAACAAAUCAAAGAUGCUUGGGAGGUUAAAAGGUCGAUUAAAGGAAAUUUAAAAGAAAUGGGUUUGGCAGCCGAUCCUAAUGAAAUUUUUAAAAUACCGAAUUCGAAGAAACAAGCACUGGAGAAUGUUAGUAACGUUAAAGCAACUGAAAAAUUUCUAGAAGAAAAUGUUAUUGUAAAACCUCCGUCAAAGGUUUAUGUUGCUGAAAGUUUGGAGAAAGAAGCUAAAACUCCAAGAGAAAGAUUGUUUAAAUUACCUAAGAAUCAAGUACAAUUUGUAACUUACAUGAUGGAUAAAUAUGGAGAAGAUUAUAAGGCAAUGACCAGAGAUAAAAAGAACUAUUAUCAGCUGACGUGGAAACAAAUACGUGCGAAAAUAAACUCAUUUAAAAACAUUCCCGAACAAUAUGCUGAGUAUUUGGUGGAAAAAGGAGAAAUAAUUUUAGACGAUCCAACCACAUUGGCUGAGACAAAAAAACAACAAGCUUUAGCCAAUUUUCAAGAACAUUGUAUUUCAAAGAAACCCAAAAGAGAAAUAAAAAUUUCAUCUGGAUGGGAGGAGGAAUCAAUUAAUUCCACUGAGGAUCCAGGUGAAACUGUUUCCGAUAAUGAUGAUGAAACUCAGGAAAAAUUAAAUCUUUUCGUAGAUGAAGAAAGUGACUCUGAAGAAUUAAAAGUCAAGAAAAAAGGAACUGUCAAUGAAGCUUCAAAUGGAAUUCUUGAAUUUAAAUCCGUUAAAAAUUCUAAAAUUGAUUUGAAUAAUUCUCCGAAAGAAAAAAUAACCAAAAAGAGAAUAGCAGAAGAGGAAAAGGUGGUUUCUAAGAAAUCGAAAAUUUUAGAAAAAUCAGUUUCUAGUGAUAGCGAAGGAGAAGACGAAUUCGAAGGAGAUGAAAGUAAUGCUGAAUUUAUUAAUUUAAGUGAUUUGAGCAGUGAAGAAUUGUCUGACGACGAUGUUUUAGAUGAUGGAGAAUUUGUCACCGAUUCCGAUGACGAAAGCGACUAAAAUUGUAAAAAAGCAUUUUUAUUUCUGAUUGUCUUAUGUUGUGGGAAAAUCAUAGAUUAUGAUUAUUUGUUGUAGCAUAAAAGUACCUCAGGUUAAAAUAAUAAAUAUUGUUUUGUAUAAUAUA